AGCACACAGCAUAUCUCCUCCUCUUGAUAGAAGCAGGACGCUGUUGUAUCUCCUUGUUGCAAACAACUAUUCCGCACAUUUAGACAUCUACCCGCACCUUGAAAACAGUCUUAUCAGAUUUCGCUGCACUUUGUUGAUAUCCGGAGACUUUUUCCGCGAGAAAAUUUCGAUUCAUGUGUUGCUGCUGUCCGCCGGCUAUAUCUGCGCUAUUUUGCCUUUGGGCAAAGUCAGGAUGCUCGAAAGGAACUGUGGCGGGGGCCUUGACUUUUUUUCCGCCUGAACCUCCAUUAUAUCGAUUCGAAAGACAUGACGCAGAAGGCCGAGUCUUGCAUCCGCGGCUACAAGUCCCGCCGCACGACGACAGCUUAAUUGAAGCUGUCAAGAUUCCUUCGGCUAGGGGAGUUUACCUUGCGGCAGUGCUUUACCGAAUGUCACCUCCGUCUCGCCCGGCUGACAGGAAAACAAUCAUCUACAGCCAUGGGAAUGCCACGGAUAUCGGUGCAAUGUUCCCCAUCCAAGUAGUUAUGGCGCACAGCCUAGACUGCAAUGUACUCUCAUAUGACUACUCGGGGUACGGAGAAAGUGGAGGUGUACCUGAUGAACACGCCACCUACCGGGACAUGGAAGCCGUUUAUGAGUACGUAUUGGAACACCUGGCAGGGAAUGCCCCAUCCAAUGUGAUAUUGUAUGGUCAGUCUGUCGGGAGUGGACCGUGCUGCUACUUAGCAGCCACAGAAAAUGAUUUGGGAGGCAUGAUUUUGCACAGUCCGUUUACAAGUGGAAUGCGAGUAUUGACGCCGAGCCGGUUAUUGUCUUGUCUGGACAUAUAUCCAAAUAUUGAUCGCAUCAAAAAGGUUUCGUGUCCUGUGAUGGUGAUCCAUGGCCGCCUUGAUCAAGAAGUAGACGUUUCACAUGGCAUGGACAUUCACAAUGCCGUACCUGAAGAAUGUCGUCGAGAUCCAUGGUGGGUUUCAGAUCGGGGACAUAAUGACAUCAUCGAGGGACCGGGAAAACUGUCCCAGUAUGUUCGUCGAUUGAGAAGAUUCCUGAACUCCCUGGACACUUGAAGAGUGUAAAUGACGACGUGUAUAUGAUCUCGUCAGUCAUUUUGUUCUCUUUUUUGCCUAAGGCUGCGAAUAUAGCUUUGAAGCCUACGUUUUGUAUUGUGAACAGGGACUAUUUACUCUUCCACGGAACAGAUAUCUCCUUUGCCUUCUAUCUUCGUGUCUUGUAAAUUCUUUUACUCGCUUCGCGGUCUUUCCAA